CGAAAGAAAGAUAUUUCAGAGAAAUCUGAAACAUACUUAGAGCAGAGAACAAGGAGAUGGAGUUACAUCUUCCGAUGAGUAUAAACAAUGGGCAUUACAUCACCUUUUAGGGAUUUACAAAAACUGAAGAGAGUAGCACACGGAUAAAUAGACCCUCCUAUGAGCAGUUUCAUCAGGUCUCACCUUGCGUCCUUCGUCUCUACUUCUUUUCCUCUGGGAUGGACAACACCAGCUCCUCGCUCUGCUUCCCCAACCUCAACUCCUCCUGCAGACGCCUGCUACGACCACAGUCUGAGACCACUCUGCUCUACACGCUGCUCGUCUUCUUCUCUCUGCUGACCGUGGCUCUCAAUUCACUCGUCGUCUUCUCCAUCUCCUACUUCCGGCAGCUUCACACUCCGACCAACAACCUGCUGCUGUCUCUGGCUGUGUGUGACUUGCUAGUGGGGCUGCUGGUGAUGCCUGUUGAAGGCCUGCGCUACAUAGAGACAUGCUGGCUGCUGGGGAGGCUCAUGUGUGCUCUGAGUUCUUAUCUGUUUUACUGCCUGGUGUCGACCUCCUUGGGCCACAUGGUGCUCAUAUCCAUCGUUCGCUACCUGACUAUCUGUGAUCCCCUGCAUAACUACUCAAGGAUCACCGUCACUAAUAUCAACAUCUUUAUCUUUGUCUGCUGGGCCUCUUCACUUCUAUACAACGGCUUAAUUCUAAUGGAGCACAUGGGGAACCCUGACAGAUUCAGCUCCUGUCAUGGGGAGUGUGUGGUGGUCGUCAGCUACAUCCCGGGAACCAUUGACCUCUUUGUCACUUUUGUGGCACCCUGUACUGUCAUGGCUGUGCUGUACAUGAGGGUGUUUGUAGUUGCCAUUUAUCAAGCACGCGUAAUUCAGUCACAGACUGCUGCCACCAACGUCAGAGCAGCUCCAACAGCUAAGAGUUCACAGAGGAAGGCAGCCAGGACUCUGGGGAUUCUGAUAGUUGUGUUUCUAAUGUGUUUCUGUCCAUAUUAUUACCCCACAUUUGCAGGUGAAUACACCUCCAGUAACUUGUCCUACUAUUCUAUACUCACUUGGAUUGAGUUGAUUAACUCUUGCUUAAAUCCCCUCAUUUAUGCCCUGUUUUACCCCUGGUUCAGAAAAGCUAUUAAGCUCAUCUUUACACUGAGAAUGUUGCAGGAUAACUACAGGGAGGUCGUCAUCAUAUGAUGAAGGAAUCUUCAGUGUUUUGAAGAAAUGGUGUCACACUGGUAUGAAGCACCACAAUCACAAUUUGAAAAUAUGCUCAAACAAACGACAAACACUUUUUGCUUAUUUCAGCUUUUCACAAACAACAUCAAACUGUACAUAUGUAUCAUGGCCUCAAGACGCAGAAUUUCUAAUUUUCUCAUUAAUGUAAGAACGUGGUUUACAGGUUUUACCUGGAAUGAACAUGCCACUGCUGAGCAUAUUAACUGCAGACUUUUAAAGUUCCAGUACAAGUAUCAGAUAAUUUCAAUCUGGCAACAAAUUAUUAUAAUUUAUAGGCAUUUGUAUUAUUAGUU